AUGGCCUCUAGUUCUAAUAUUGAUGCUUCCAAUUCUAACGAUGAUGAAGCAUGGGAACAAAGAGUUGCCGAACAUAAUCGCCAACUUGAUCGCACCAUUGAAGAUGUGGUCAUCCAUGCCGCAAGUCUAUCUGUACAACCUAGCGAUCAUGCCGUUAGAGGAAGAAGGCGGUAUAUUGAAAGAAGACGUGAGAUAGGUCAUGAAGGUGUGUUCGAGCAGUACUUUUCAGAAGAUCCAAUCUAUCCCCCGGAAUAUUUUCGAACAAGGUUUCGCAUGCGAAAGCCUUUGUUCGAACGUAUAAUGAACAAGCUCGUCGCCACCGAUAGAUUUUUUCAACAACACUCUGAUGCAGCUGGCCAUCUUGGUAUGUCUCUAAUUCAAAAAUGUACUGCAGCUAUGAGGGUGUUGGCAUAUGGCACCCCAGUCGAUUUGCAUGACGAAUACUUACGAAUGAGUGCCCAAGUCAUUCGUAAAUCAGUCAUCAAAUUUGUUGAAGGUGUCAUUUCCAAUUUCGGGAGCUGA